AGGAGGCGGUCUUCUUCCUAGCUCUCUCUCUCGUUCUCCUUUCCGUUUUCUCAUUCUCCCCCUUUCACUUUCUCCUUUUACUCUUCUCGUUGGAUCUCUCGCUUCUUCCUCUUACGCUUUUCGAUCGUCGUUUUGACGACCACCCUCUUUCCUUUGCUUUUCCCCUCUUUUCCUCCCAUCUCUCUCUCUCUCUCUCUCUCUCUCUCUCUCUCUCUCUCUCUCUCUCUCCGCCUGCAUCGACAGAGCAAAGUGGCCACUUCGCUUGUGGAGGUGAGUACAGUUUAGAGUGAAUCCGCAAUGGUAGCGAUCGGGUCGAGUGCCGUGGAUGGUCGAUCAGAUCAUGAUUCGACGAUGGAAAACGGACGAGGAAGUGCAUUAUUUGGUUUGUCCAGUAAUCCUCUUUUGGACAACGAUAGCGUCGAUAGGAAAUUCAAUGGGUAUGUCAUUCACGAGGACAGCCCGCCGGCGGAUCUCUUGAAGGAAUUGGAACAAGUCGGGCAAGCGCACUUGGUAUCGUACUGGUCAAAGCUGAACCCAACCAAACGAAGAGCUCUUCUAUCAGAUAUCCAGAAUGUGGAUUUCCGAAGAGUCAAUCUCAUUUUCAAUCAGUCGACAUCUCACGGUGUGUAAGACGGUUAAUUCCUGAGCUUCUGCCCUGCCUCUCUGAGUUUUUCGCUUGCGUCUGAAGUUCCUCUGAACCAACCAAGAACUUGAUGCGAAGUUGAAUUCCCACAUAAUGAUUCAAUUUGUAUUUUGUCGCGUUCCCUCCUCUGGACAAAGUCACCCCGCCCAACCAAUGGGCUAGCUCAGUUGGUACACCCAUGAACUGUUGAAAUACAGACCUGAGUUCGAAUCCUCAUGCAAUCAGAUGAGUAGAAUAAUAUAAUUCUGAACUACCUGGGGCCAGUCAGCUCAAUGAUGAUAUCUCAAGGCCGUUGCCCUUUAAAUAG